UGGCAGGCAACUGUUCAGUGUAAUAACUAAUUGUUCGUUAAACAAUUCACUCUUUCAGUGAGCACGCACAUCAAUUUUGUCAAUGUAGCGGUGUUUACUAUGGAGAUCGUUUGUGAAAUAAAAUAAGCAGGAUAAAUUCGAGGAUUUCUUGUGGAAUUUUUCAGUUUUCAACAAGUUAUUGAAUGUGAAGAUGAGUAAUGUUGAAGGAGAGCUAUGCCGUUUUUGUAACCGUAGCAAUGAGGCUGGGCCAAUGAGUCCUCUGUUUGAAGUUCUCGGGAAUGGAAAGACUGCUGCCCAAAUUGUCGGAGAUUGUUUUUGUGUGACGAUCAAAGAAAUUGAAGGAUUUCCAUCUAUGUAUUGUGAAGCCUGUAAAAAUGAUCUCGAAGUCGCAAAGCGGUUUCAUGCCAAUUUGAUGCAGUCUUUUACUAGAUUGAAACAAUUUUUAUCGACCCCCAAAAUUGAAAUCACUGAACCACUUGACGGUAAUAUUUCCACUGUUUUCAUAUCGGAUGCAUACAUCAAGGAAGAGGCAGAAUCGGAUUGUGACGAAGCCCCACUGGAAUUUGAGAUUUCGGUGGAAGAACGUAAACCCAAUUUAAGACAAUUGCCUAAAGUUACGUACAAUGCAAAUGAAUCGGAAACUGAAGGCAGUACUCCUAAAAAGAAAAUCAAACCGAAAGAAGAGAAGCUUGAAAAACAAACAACAUCAAAGCGAAAAUCAGGAUUACCAAAAAAGCUCAGUGAAGGUCAAAACAAAGAACUCGCAGAAGAAAAACCUUCCUGUUCGGUUGAUACUGACGUAAAGCCUCUUAUAGAGGGGAUAGAAUACAAACCCAACGACAAUGAAUGGAUGGAAACUGUUGACACUGAUUCGGAUUUUUCCAUCGAUGGAAACUCAGAUUCCGAUAGUAAUCAGGAUUCUGAUAGCGAGGAUCUUAACAGAGAUGACGAACAAUAUCUAGAUGAAGGUUCUUCUCAAGAUAAAAAACCAAGAAAAAGGCGUUUAUAUUAUGGUGUGAAAGCAGAUUCUCAGCCUAAACGAUGUUGUCUAUGUAAAGACUUCUUUUUGGAUAGCCAUGAAAAAGUUUUAGAGCACUCAGAAAGGUCACAUUUGCGUUAUAGGGUCACUAAUCCGAUUGAAAUCGAAGAAAACCCAUACGAGUGUUCAGUUUGCUACAAAAGAUUUGAAACUAAGAAAGAGUAUUUACGUCAUCAGCGCAAAAUGUACGUUGAUAUGCUGCAUCCAUGCCCUAGUUGUGAUGAAGAGUUUGCCAAUAACUAUGUCCUGCAGAGUCACAUCAAAUCAUUCCAUAAGAAGAAAAUGAUUAUCGAAAAAAUGGAAGAACUUCGUCAAAAAAUGCAUAUGUGCUGUGCCUGUAAACUGAAAUUCGAUUCUAAGGAAUUAUUGAAAGCUCAUACCGAUGAAGUUCACCUUCCAGAAAGUUUAUCCUACGAUGGUGAUCUGAAAUUUAAAUGCGAAGUAUGUCACCGAUUCUUCAAGUCUCGUCAAUCAAUGCAAAUACAUCAAUAUCGCAUGUUCAAAAUGAAAAAAUUCAUCUGUUCUCUUUGUGGAAAGGCUUUCAAAGAGAAGGCAUUCCUUCGGGAUCAUGAAAACUCCCACCGCCAAGAAAAACCUUAUGAGUGCCCCAUAUGCAAUGCACGUUUCUCGAUCAAAGGUUCAUAUGAUGCACACGUUAGAUUGCAUGAUGCCAGGGAAGAUUUCAAGUGUGAAUACUGCUUCCGAGGGUUCAGGACAAAAAGUUUACUCAAAGGUCAUCUCACCGUUCACAACGAAGAUCGGCCUUUCAAAUGUCAUCUGUGUCCAAUCACGUUCACUCAGCAACGAUUGCUCGAUUCUCACAUUGAAUUUCACUUAGGCAACAAACCCUUCAAGUGCCAACAGUGUCCUGCUUCGUAUCGGUAUCAGCGGGAUUUGCGGGGCCACAUUCGGGAAAAGCAUGAAGGUAUACUCAAUUUCCAAUGCACGUAUUGCCCGAAGGCAUUCAAUCGUAAAAAGCCACUUAUGGUUCAUCUGAAGAAACAUCAAUAAAUCUCUAACGUACUAAAUAAUGCUAAAUAAAAGGGAAGUUUAUAACUCAGUAACAA